AUGAGAGGGUUACGAAGAUUAGUUGGACGAAGUCUUUCAUCUCAGAGAGGAUGCGAAGCUUCUGGACAAUUUCAUGGCUUCCGAUUCAUCUCUCGCCGGACCUAUUUCCUAUCUGCUUAUUCACCUGCCACGACGUCGUAUCUGGGUCACCAUAACUCCCCCUUUUCGUCUUCUGAAUCUCCUUUCACUUCUAUGAAAUGGGGCUUUCUCGGUGGGCAGAAGAGAAGCAUGUUUAUUCAAACUCAAUCCACACCCAACCCUGCAUCUCUCAUGUUUUAUCCAGGGAAGCCUGUUAUGGAAGUUGGCAGUGCCGACUUUCCGAAUGCCCGUUCGGCCAUGAAUUCACCACUGGCCAAAGCCCUUUAUGGAAUUGAUGGAAUUACUCGAGUGUUUUAUGGAUCAGAUUUUGUUACUGUAACAAAGUCAGAAGAUACUUCUUGGGAUCUUUUGAAGCCUGAAAUCUUUGCAGCAAUCAUGGACUUCUAUUCUUCUGGGCAGUCACUCUUUCUAGACUCAAAAACUGCAUCAGCGAUGGACACUGCUAUUCAAGAAGAUGAUUCAGAAAUUGUUGCAAUGAUCAAAGAAUUGUUGGAGACUCGCAUCCGACCAGCAGUGCAAGAUGAUGGUGGCGACAUUGAGUAUAGGGGAUUUGAUCCAGAAACUGGAAUAGUUAAAUUGAGAAUGCAAGGAGCAUGCAGUGGCUGCCCAAGCUCAUCAGUCACCCUGAAAUCUGGCAUUGAAAAUAUGCUAAUGCAUUAUGUACCUGAGGUCAAAAGUGUAGAACAAGAACACGAUGCUGAUGAUGAAGGAGCAGCACUAACAAGUCAGAUGGAAUAG